GGCAGCUGUAGUUCGGUGCGUUGGAUUUAACGUUAGGAUUUAGCGGUAACUCCGGUUAUAAUUCGCCGUUUUGUCAUUGUAUCUGCCUCCGACACGAGAUAAGUCAAUGGUUUUUGAUUGGGUCUGAAGAAAUGCGAAGAAUAGAAUUCAGAAACGCUUUGCAAACAAGCUAAAUCAACGGUUUGAGCUGAAGCGAUUUCAAGCUUGUCUCCUAGUAGGUUACAGUCCCUGUGGACUCAGCAACAUCAUGGUGGAUAUUGCUGUGAAGAGUGGAGCUGCUUGGGUCUGUCAUGCAGAGGGACAUCACCUGGCAGAUGUCCUGCUUCCUGUUCACAUCAAUGAUGAAGACGAUCAUGAAGAGGAGCUGGGUCAGUCAGAGAGAAACGGGACAAACAGUCCUGUGCUGUUGGAGCAGACCGAGGAGGGGUCUCCCUGCGUCCUGACUGUUCACUGUAGCCCCACCUCCCCUGCUGCCAUCAGCCGCCUGCUGGUCAUCAGCGAGGCACGAACCAUGGAGCUGUAUGACCAGAUGGGAGAAUACUGUGGGACGGUACGGGGGGAGAAGGAUGACAGCAUCCAGCCAGACAGUGAGGACAGAGGGCCUUUCUACAGGAAACGGCUGGUCCUGGAACACCCAUCAUCUGCCUGUGAAGUGAAGCUGCUCUCCCUGGCUGGUAGAAGCAGUGUCCUGGUGUCUCAAGUCAUCGUGGGUCUUAAACCGCUGCAGCCCUGCCCAGUCCGUGGCCCUGGCAUUGACAUGCAGCAGGUGCAAUGUCUGGUUGAAGAGAUGGGAACGAGCCUCUCACCAGGAGCCCAGAACCUCAUGGACAUGGUCCACUUCCAGCAAAAGAACCAGACCAGCUCCCUGGGCGGUUUCCUGCCUCUCCUGAUGGGAGGUGGAGCUUUGUCUUUCCUGGCUCAAGGAGCGAACAUCUCCCCAGCAGCCGUUAACAACCAAACCCCAUCUGCAGAAUCUGCGCCUCCAGUGAGCUUCACCAGCCCUGCAGACGAACCUCCACCGGCUCAGAAUGGGUCGAUGUCAAACGGCUCUACCUCCUCGUCUCCGGACCGUCUACUGUCUGGUGUCAACGUUAAGAACACAGUGAGCAGUGACAGCAUUGGCCAUGCCCAGCUGGCAGAGAUGAUGUCACACUUCCUGAAAGCUCAAGGACACGGACAAGCGUUGAGCCCCGGCCCUGAACUUCUGCCCAUGCUCCAGAGCGUCUGCGGUCAGGUGACGCAGCUGAGGCUGGAUGAUGCUGCAGCAGCGGCAGAGAAGGAGAAGACGAUGAGAAAUGGCACAUGGGAGUUCGACUCAGCAAUGGAGCAGCGUCUAGAGGAGAUGGAGAGGAGGCUGAAGGAGCACGUGGACCGUCGCUUAGACGCUCUGGAGCAGAAGCUGGAGAAGGCGCUGCUGAGCGCCUUGCCGAUGGUCGCACUGAACCAGGGAGGUAUCAGCAGUUCGGCGGGAGGACCGGCAUCCACCGGCCCUGCGGAGCUGACUGCCCCAACGCCAGCCAUGCACUGAGUUCAGAACAGUUAAAAGACUAACUGAACAUGUAACCUGGAGGCCUUACUGCCCCUGCUCCUCCUCAAACCAGACCUUAGUGUCAAAGGGGAGGCAGAGCAGCACGCAGUCACUAACAGAGACACAGCAACAGAAGGCUGAAAUGGGAAAUUCACAAAAAAUUAACACAGUAAUUGCAAUAAUCUGCAUAAUGGAAAAUCGUGUUCAACCAGAAGUGUCUCAGUUGAUGGAAAAUCCCAUCACUGACGCUGAGUUCUCCAACUGUUAAAGAUGCAUUAAUGGUUUUUGUUAAUAUUGUAUUGUAAAAAAAAAAAAAAAAAAGCAAGUGAAUGCAACACUGUGUGACAGCUGACGUGAAUGUCCUUGAUGCACAGCAGUAUUGUCUCAUCAGCUUGUGAACAUGAUGUAAUAGUUUCAACUACGGAAACAAAGAAGUUAUAAUUACAGAAAUCCCAUAUCCAGAUCACUGACAAAAAACAUGUCCUGUGGCUGCACUGCAUUCUGGGAAGGUUUGGCCGCAUGAAUAGUACCAGAAAAAAGGAAAAAGGCCAUCCAAAACCGAAAAUAAAGUUAAAUUAAGGAUAGCCUGCAGGAAACCUUCAGUUACAACCCAGGUUCAGAGACGCAGAAGAAACAGCUUUAUAUUAUUGCAGUGAUGGGAUCUUAUCCAGGUUAUUGUUGACUUGUUUAACAUAGUAAUGAUUUACGUGUAACACCAGCAGAACACUCAUUUAUUGACAAAAUGCAUGUGCAUGUAAAUAUUCCACACAUUCAUCCUCCUGUGAUCCACCCAAACAUCAGCUGUACGUUAAGUAACAUUAUUAUCCUUCACAGUCUGUUCUGUAAUUGCACUGAUCUGCUGUCAAGUGUUCCGGUUAGUUUGGUUUGACACUUGUGGAAAAGCCUCAGAAUGAAUACACGUACUCCUGUUCCAGGAGUGUAUAUAGAGGGGGUAAGUGAUUAAAAUGGAUUUUAAUAUGGAACUGUAAUGUUUUAAAUAAUGUACAUGUCUGUAACAUAAAGUUUAUCUCCCAGUGUAAACUAUAAAAUGACUGUUUUGACCUGUGAUGUGGGUUUUAAUAACUGUACUGACGUAAAUAGCAAAUAAAAAUAUAUUUAUACAGA